AUGGCCUAUUAUUCGCGGCCAUCCUCGGCGGCCGCUGGACACACACAAGGUGACCAGGACCCAUAUCCAUACUAUCCGGACCCAGACAUCAUCACUGGCAGCGGAGCCGCCUUCACCCACCCCUACGAUGCCUCCGCACCCUCCGCCUCGCCGUUCUCGGACGCACACGCACCUGUCACUGCGCGCAUGUCGUCGCUCAACCAGCACCGCAUGAGCGUCAGCGUUGAGCAGCCUCCGCUUAGCGAGAGCUUCUACGGUCAAGCAGCAUAUGCACUGGCCCGCCCACCAUCGGCAGCAGUCAGCUCAACGAUGGGUGGACACCUGCCGACGCUACCCGAGUACUCGUCGGCGCAAGCGGCGUCCGUGGACAACGAAUAUACGUACUACAACAACCAGGCUGCGGCGGGGCACUACUCUUCGCUCGACCACGGCGAGGGCGACGAUGACGAAGAAGAUGCCGAGACCAAGUACGGCGGAAGCGCGAUGGAGCACGACGAAAAGUACGGCGCGACAACAGCUGGGUCUGCGUUCCUCCAAAGCCCUUACGCACAAGUAUCCGCCGAGGAGGACGACACAUACGCCGCUCUGGCCCACGACGCUUUCGGCGGCCACGAGGGACAACCAUCCGAAGGCCAAUUCGGGGACAACCACUACGAAACACAGCACUUCGGCCCUGCUCCCCUCCUCGGCGCUCAACUGCGUCGACACAAGACCAAGAAGAAUGUGCGCCUCACCAAGGGAAACCUCAUCCUCGACUGCCCCGUGCCCACCAAGCUGCAGACCUUCCUCACGCGUCGUGCCGAGGAUGAAUUCACCACCAUGCGAUACUCUGCGGUGACGUGCGAUCCCGACCAGUUUGCUGCCGAAUCCUUCACCCUCCGCCCCGCGCUGUACGGCCGUCACACCGAGCUGUUCAUCGCCAUCACCAUGUACAACGAGGACGAAGUGCUCUUCUGCCGCACAUUUCACGGUGUCAUGAAGAACAUCGCCCACUUGUGCUCCCGCAACAAAUCCCGCACGUGGGGCAAGGAUGGGUGGAAGAAGGUCGUUGUCGCCAUCAUCUCCGACGGCCGUAAGAAGAUCCAUCCCCGCGUGCUGGACUGUCUCGCCGCGCUCGGCGUCUACCAAGACGGAGUAGCGAAAAACACCGUCGAUGGCAAAGAAGUCCACGCCCACCUGUACGAGUAUACCACCCAACUCAGCAUCGAUACCAACCUCCAGUUCAAGGGCGCCGAACGAGGACUGGUGCCCAUGCAGAUCAUCUUUUGCCUCAAGGAGAAGAAUGCCAAGAAGAUCAAUUCGCAUCGGUGGUUCUUCAACGCUUUUUGCCCCAUCCUCCAACCGAAUGUGACCAUUCUGUUGGAUGUAGGGACGAGACCGGAGAACAAGAGCAUCUACUAUCUGUGGAAGAGCUUUGAUCUUAACUCGAAUGUCGCCGGUGCAUGCGGGGAGAUCUGUGCCGAGACGAAAGGCAAGUGGGGAGUUGGGCCGCUGUUGUUGAACCCACUGGUGGCCGCGCAGAACUUCGAGUACAAGAUCAGUAACAUCUUGGAUAAGACGACCGAGUCUGUUAUGGGGUACAUCUCGGUGCUACCGGGAGCGUUUAGUGCGUAUCGCUACAUCGCACUGCAGAACGACGAGUUCGGCCAUGGGCCGCUAGCGAGCUACUUUAAGGGCGAGAACCUUCUCGGUGCGGACGCCGACGUGUUUACUUCCAACAUGUAUCUCGCCGAGGAUCGCAUCCUGUGCUUCGAGCUAGCCGCCAAACGUGGCUCGGGCUGGGUCCUCAAAUACGUCAAAUCGGCCCGUGGUGUCACGGACGUCCCCGAAGGUCUACCCGAAUUCAUCUCGCAACGACGUCGUUGGUUGAACGGUUCGUUCUUCGCCGCGAUCUACGCGCUGUACCACACGGCGCAGUUUGUUCAAUCCGGUCACGGCGGAUGGCGAAAAGCCCUGUUGGUGUUCGAGAGCUUCUACUCGUUCAUCAACAUGUGCUUUGCCUGGUUCGGCCUGGCCAACUACUACAUCUUUUUCCGCAUCCUCACGACUUCCCUCGAAGACCCCACCUUCGGGCUUAAGGGCAUCGGCAUCUUCAACGUCUUUGCCCAGUACAUGUACCUCGGCACCGUGGUGGCGAGUUUCAUCUUUGCGAUGGGCAAUCGACCGCAGGGGAGCAAGUGGAAGUACUGGGCUGCCGUAGUCAUCUUUGCGUUGUUGACGGUGUACAUGAUGGUAGCGGCGGUAUUGUGUUUGGCGAAAGUAGUGAAGCGGGUGGAGCACGAUAUGAUCUAUGCUCAGAUGGUGGUCUCCCUUCUCGCCACGUACGGCGUUUAUCUGGUCUCUUCGCUAUUGGCAUGCGAUCCGCUGCAUCUGGUGACGAGUUUCAUCCAAUACCUCCUCCUCGCACCGACGUACAUCAACAUCCUCAACAUCUACGCCUUUUGCAACCUGCACGAUUUCUCCUGGGGCACCAAGGGCGAUACUACCGUCUCGAAGGAUCUCGGCGUUGUCGUCUCCACGGGCAAGGGCACAGUGGAGAUCACCCUCCCCACCGCUCAAGCCGACAUCGAUACCGCCUACGAUGACGCACUCAACAACCUUCGCACCCGACCCAUGAUCAUCCGCGGCGACGCCAGCAACGACGAGAAAAACGCCCGCCAGAUGGAUUACUACAAGAACAUCCGCACCAACGUCGUCCUCGCCUGGGCCCUCAGCAACGGCGUCGUCGCCGCGUUUAUUCUGAAUGGAAACACGACGAGCACCUUCACCGAGGGCGCAGGCGUGACAAGGAGCAAGGUGUACAUGGUGUUGGUGUUGAUCUUUGUGGCGGGGAUGGCGUGCAUUCGCUUCAUCGGAAGCACGCUGUAUCUCACGAUCAGGCUGAUCAACGGGUAG